GUCCCAAGUGGAGAAACUGAGGCCCAAGAGGGAAGGGACGGGGUGGGGCUGGGAUCCUGUUGAUCAAGGGCCUACUGCCAACCCGUCCCUUUCUCCCUCCCUGCUUCCCCUUCCUCGGUGUCCUUGGAGUGGAGUGGGAGGUACAAAAGUCCGAGAGCCCGGAGGAGGGGGCGGUGCCACCCACACCUACCCUCAUCCCAGCCGUGAUGGCGCAGGUGGCGUCCCAGGAACCUGACACCCACGAUGAAUAAAUGAUGCGGGCUCAACCGCCCGCGGCCAGAAUUCUCUGCCGCCGCCGCCACCACCGUCACCGCCUGCGGGUGGCCAGGGGCAGUCACCUGGCAGCCCUGUGCAUCAGCCCCCUGCUCCCAGGACCUGCGCCGGAGCGCGCGGCGGCGGGAGAACAUGGCCGGGCGGCGGAGAGGCGCGGGGCGGCUCUGGGCUCUGGGCGGCGCCGCGCUGGGGGCCUGCCUGGCGGGGGUCGCCACGCAGCUGGUGGAGCCCAGCACGGCCCCGCCCAAGCCCAAGCCGCCCCCACUGACCAAGGAGACCGUGGUGUUCUGGGACAUGCGCCUGUGGCAUGUGUCAUCACACUAUGCUGUGUCUUCAACUGCCGUGUACCACGGACACGGAAGGAGAUUGAGGCCCGGUAUCUGCAGCGAAAGGCGGCCAAGAUGUACACGGACAAGCUGGAGACCGUGCCUCCCCUUAACGAACUCACAGAAAUCCCUGGAGAGGAUAAGAAGAAGAAGAAGAAGGACAGUGUGGACACGGUGGCUAUCAAGGUAGAGGAGGAAGAGAAGAACGAGGCCAAGAAGAAGAAAGGAGAGAAAUGAGGAAAGCAUCCUGGUGGUGGCAGCUGGGACUGGCAGGCCUUGAAGCCCAAGUUCAAGCCAGGAUCCAGGCACCAGGACUCCACGUUCAUCCAUGGACCACAGAGGCUAUGGUCUGAGAAGCCAAGGCCACGGCCGUUAUGUCAUGGCCCAAAAGGUGUAGGGACAAGACUUGACGAGUGUCCAUCCUGGACUCUGUUCCUUUCACAUCACCCGUCUGGGCACUUGUCUCGGGCCACUGUCCCUCUGCAGAUAUAGAGUGGUCUUGGACUCCUCCCCACAUCCAGGCAGGCCUCUGGCCCACCCUUUCUGCCAGGGGCAGAGGUGGCCGUGAAGGAGUCAGAGAUUGGCGGUUUCGGAUGGCAGGAUCGAACAGGUUGUGUAUGAACCCGUAAGCAUGGAGGGCUGGCUGAUGGGGAGCUGGUGACAUGAGAGAUUCCCUGACAUAGCUAGAUAGCAGCCCUGAUAGCAAGGAAACUGCCCCAGGCUUGGCAGGAAUCUGUCCCUGGCUGCCGAAGUGGCCCCAUUAUCAGGAGGGCUCCUGACCUGGCAAAUGCUAAGCUCUGAAAACAAGAUGCCAAUGUGUAGAGCUGGGGCCGCUGAGGGGCUGGCAUGAGGCCCAGAGCCUAAGGUCUUCUGGCUCAGGGGUAGGGUUUGAAAGACGAAGAGGGCUGAGGCCGGGGGGCUGAGCGAGAAAGCCUGGGUCUCCCCAUGGCCUGCUGAGCACAGCAGUGUGCAGUUCCUCUUCUGCCAUGUCCCCUACCGAAAGAAGCGUCUCUGCCAAGAAGACUAUUCAAACGCCAUUGAGGGGUUGGCUCUAGAGGAGAGAGAUGUGUGAGGCGCUUCCAACGUCAAAAUGAGGAGCUCUGACCAGAGCUGGGGACGGAGACUCUGGGAAAGUUUUCCAGGAGGGAAGCCUGCUAGAAAGGUGUCCUGAAGAGAUCUGUCAACAAAGCUGGGUGCCUGCUCAGCCCCAGACAAAUAAAACUUCAACCUGA